UUCCUCUGAGUAGUUUCUGAUUUUUUUUUCCAGCCAAAUUCAGCGCUCGGGAGUCUCCGUUUCGCUGAAAAGCAGUAAUUCCAAGCACUCCAGUUGUAGUUUGACUUUAUUUGCACUUUUAAAUCUACAUAGACUAUCUGAAGUAAGAGUGCACCAAUUGCAAGGAGAACUUGUGAAACCUGUAUUUAUAUCGGACUAGUUUGAAUGUGGUUUUAAAACGGGGCUACUAGAAUAUUUUUCUAGCUGUUAAAUUACUCAUGCCUACUUAAUCGGCUUUAAAGUGUCAUUUAAUCAAGCUAGAGUUCUAUUUAAUUUGGUUUCAGUAUAAUAUCAUUUUCUGAACUUUGUUAGGCAAUGGUCAAGGUUUAAAUGAUACUAAAUUUAUAGAUCAUUGAGUUGAAUGUAAUGUGUAAGUUCCCCUCCUCUUUUUUGCUUUUUUUUCCUAAACAGGACAUAAUUAGCUGUCAUAAUAUUCUAAUUAUGUAGAUCACCCUCACCAAGGUCAGUAGUGUUUCUUAUUCCUGGAAACUUUCACUUCCUGCUAAUUAAAUUAGUUCUAUAAGGAGUCAAGAGCUCUUUUUUAUUAUUUUAUUUUUACACUCCGUCUUUGACAUUUCUUCAGUGUUUUCCCAGAAGAGCUAGUUCAGACUUGUACCAUAUCUGCAUUCUUUUUUCCAGUGCUGUGGUAGCUGGCCUCUUGCUGAGAAUCUGCCAAUAAUCUCCUUCUUUCCUAAUGAGAGAUGGUCAAGUGCUCCAUGUAAUGAAACCCUUCAUCAUUGUCAGCUGUCAGUCUUUAAAAUUUGGUAGCUUCCUUUACUUUGACUAUAGAACUAUAAGAUCUCAAAAGUACACUUGGGUUUGCUUGAGUCUUUAUCAAAAAACACCUCAAAAAUUGAAUGGAGCCUUGCAGUCCUGUCCAGUCACCUCUUCAGAGAGAGACAGCAUAAUGUCCCAUGCUGAGUUUUCUGCCAGUGCUUUUGUAAAGUGGUACAAAGUGCUUCUGAACACUUCAGCAAACAGAAUCUUUUCAUCAAGUGAGCAACCUUCAAAUUGAGUAGCCCCAUCUAAUACCUCUUCAGUAGCUUUCUAUUUCCUCAAGAGGCAGUUGAUAGCACCUUCUUUGAGUAUCUGAUCAUCUGAUCUAACAGUGUUGAAUUCUUCUUUCAGGCUGAAGUUUCAAGCCUAUUUCUUUGGUUUCUGCUUUCUCCAGCUUGCUAAUAAGAGCUUCUCCUUCUUGUAGUGUCUGUAGCAUUGAUUUCUAGAACUAGUUUUCAAAAACAUUCUCAUAAAAGGAAUGUUGAAACUUCAUUUCAGAUCACUGUUCUCUUCACUUUAGCUGCAGACUUGCACUUGAGAAUAUUGGGAAUGUUUUCAAUAGAAAUGCUUCAGGCAGGUCAUAGCAAUUGCUCUGUAUUCCUGUGCACCUGCCAGCUGGUUUAGGUAUGUUUCUAUAACCAGAAAAGAGCAAUGCUAUCCAAAUGUCCUUCAAUUUUUUUCUCUACUUAGAAAUUAACUCCUACACUGCUAAGCUUCACCCCUUCCCUAAGGAGGGGGUCUCUGUUCUACUCUGCCAGUGACUGGCUUUCCCCAGAGCCCUUGGUGAUCUGAGCAGAACUAAGACAGCAAAAAGCAGACUACAAAAAUAGUAUUUUAAACUUUUUUUUUUUCUAGUCCAGCUCAAGGAACUGGUCUGCUCUGGGUCACAGAAGUGUCAGCCCUAACACAAGGGAGGGGAUGCAAUGACAGUAACUCCAUUUUAAUUAUUUUAAGCUAAACUGAAUCUUGUCCUUAAGAGAGAUCCCACUACUAUCCACUAAAUGAAAUCCAUUGAAACUUCAAACCCAGGCUGAACAAAAAUUAGGCCUAGUGAACUCAGAAGACACAUUUAAAUGGUAGGAUAAUUUUAGUGGUGUACAGGAUUGUUAUCCCCUGGCCCUAAUGUAGCAGGUCAUCUCCUAACCAGUUAAACCAGCAGCUUUUAUUGCCCCUAUUGUGGUUCUGAGGCUUACCUGAGCACAAAGUUGGCUCAAUUUGCAAAUCUGACAAAAAGAUAACCUGGUUAAAAAGAAAAAGGUGCUAAUAGAUUUCUGCUUCUUCAGUGAGUUUAAUCGGAUCUUGUGAACAUCAGUAAUAACAAAGGAAGCAGCAGCAGCUUGUGGCCAGGGGCACAGAGGGGACGGGGAAGCAGGUUUUGUCCUUCCCUUGUGGUGUCUGGUGGUGAGGAUUAGAUGCUUCAGAAUAUGAGAUCACACUUUCAGUGAUUUAAAUAUUCCUGUAAUCUCAAACAAAUGAAAGCUCAGUUUCUUAUUUCAUGUGAAAGAGUAUCAGUGUUCUAAAGGAAAUUAUAAAAUUUCUAAAAAUCUCAGAUUUUUGAAAUACUUAAACCUAUUUCAGCAACAUUUCACUGGUACGUAUUAUCCAUCUUUGUAGCAUGAAAUAUUCAGGAAAACCAUAGUUCUGCUCACCUUUGUUUUAUACUUGCAGUGAAAAUCUUCUGGUAGAUGCAGUGGUAAAAGCCUUUCACCUAGGAAUAUAAAAAACUUUUUAGCUAACUUUUAUGAUUGUAGUGGCAGGUGCACUUGUCUUGGUUUUUCUUUUCUCAUGUCUACAUAGAAAUUUAAAUAUACUACCAAAGCCAGUAAAUCUAAAUAGUGUUCCUGUCAGUCAGUGUCUGCAUACAUUAGAUAAUUGAUUUCUGGCAGGUAUCCGUAGCCUUUAGUAGUUUUAAGAUUGCUGCUUAACAGCAAGUGGUAGUAGUUCUUACAGGGUCUUUUCAGCUGCAGCUCUGUGGACUACAGGACCUUUCAGGUGGUUUGUUACUUGUGCCUUGUUAGUUGGUUUGUAUUUGACUGAUUAUUUGGUUAUAGAGGGAGAAUGGUUGGGUUUCUUUUCAGGUGUUAACUAUGAGUGCCUCAGUACUGGAGGAAAAUGGAUCUCAAUCUUAGCAUACAAAAACUUGUGAGUUUGACAUCUAGUUUAGGAUUAGAGAAGGUUUUGCAGAACAAAUUUAAAUGAAGGCAGUUUACACAGCUGACUUAAGGCACUUAAAUUGAAUGGUGGACAGGACCAAAACAGAGUACUUUGCUGAGAAUGGCAGUUAUUAAAAAAAAAAAAAAAAUUCUAGGAAGCAGUAUGCAGGUGAGGUUAGAAGGGGAGGGAAAGCAAGAACGAGAAAUUAGUCUCCUUUAAGGGAUGUGCCUAAUGCUUGUGUAGUGACACCUUUUGAUGCCUCCCCCACUCUUUUGUUUUGUUAGGUUGUUGCUGACAGCAGACUUCCUCUCAAGGCUGUUUAAAUGAGAAUGUCCCUGGCGCAAAGAGUACUACUGACAUGGCUUUUUACGUUACUCUUCCUGAUCAUGCUGGUGCUGAAGCUGGAUGAGAAAGCACCGUGGAACUGGUUCCUCAUUUUUAUUCCAGUCUGGAUAUUUGAUACUAUUCUUUUAGUUAUGUUAAUUGUAAAAAUGGCUGGACGUUGCAAGUCUGGCUUUGACCCUCGCAAUGGCUCACAAAACAUCAAGAAAAAAACCUGGUAUCUCAUUGCAAUGCUCCUUAAAUUAGCCUUCUGCCUUGCCCUCUGUGCUAAACUGCAACGAUUUACUACGAUGAAACUAGCCUAUGUCUUUAUCCCUUUGUGGGCCUUGCUUAUUGGGGGUAUGGUUGAACUUGGAUACAAUAUCUUCUAUGUACGAAGAGACUAAGAUGCACUGUGUGGGUUUCAACACUGAGAUUGGUACCAAGUUACUGGAUUAUUAUAGUUUUGCUGCAAACUUAAUCUCCAAAUUAGAAUGCCAAAUAAGAAAACAAUCAAGCUGGAGGCUUUAUCUAAUCCAGGCUGAAGACUGAAAGUAGACUUGUUCCAUUUUUUUAUUUCAAAACUGCCACAUAAGCUCUUGUAAAUAAAAGUAUUUGUUCAA